GCCAACCGCAAUCAAACCUUCGUCCCAGUCGCGUCCCCGGCCGGUGUCCAAAGUACAUAUACCCUCCCGCCCGCUCGCCGCGCCAUGGUCCACCAGCCACCAUCAUCAUCUGCUUCGUCGCGUGCCCUGCUUCUUCCCAGCCCUCCCUCUACUCUGCCUGAUCCGCCUCCACUCGCCCUUGAUCAUGAGUCUCAUCGAGAGCUCCGGCCUGCCCUCGCCCAACCCCUCCGUCGACAGCUGUUUCGCGCCCCCGGAGGACGACAACUUCGAUCGCGCCUUCCAGCGUAUCCUGGAGGACCGCUGCUCAAACAUCUACGAGCAGCGCGCGGCAAAGAUCGUCAACCCCCUGCCCACCCCCAACAGCGAGGCCUGUCUCUCCAGCGACGAGUGCGAGGACGCCUCGUCGUCGUCCUCCUCCUCCCAGCUCGCGGAUCACGCCGACUGCAAGGCCGCCCUCGCCGUCUCGCGUGCGCGCGACGAGUUCCCGUUCCCCCAGGUUGAUCUCAGCCUUUUCUACCCCGACACCGCCCCGCGCCAGUCAUGGAGACCCCAGAUCGAGACCUGGAUCAGACGGAAUCAUUCCUACAAGUUUGACCGUAUCGCCUCCAAGCCAUACACCCUUCCCUCUCCCCAGCGCACCAAGUCUGCCUCCAGCACCUCUUCCUCCUCUUCCUCCUCCUCUUCCUCCCACAAGUCUCAUUCCCACCCCAAGACUCCCAAAGUGACUUCCUUCUCCUCCGCCUCCUCCUCCGCCGCUGCCCACUCCACCUCGCACUCCAGCAGUCAUGCGCAAUCGCUCAAGAAAUUCGAUCACGACAAGUCCGACGCCGACUCUGGCCUGAUCAGCCCUUCGCCCUCGCCCAAGCCCUCGGCCGCGACCCUGCACAGCAGUCAUAGCGGUCGCAAGUGCAUUUCCUGCGGAUCGGAUCAGUCCCCGUGCUGGCGCCCAAGUUGGUCCGUAGAGGCUGGCCAGCUGUGUAAUUCCUGUGGUCUGAGGUACAAAAAGACCGGUGCUCGCUGUCUUUCUUCCUCCUGCGGUCGCAUCCCGGCCAAAGGCGAGUGGGUUACCAUGCGCUCCUCUCAGCCCUCGGGCCGAUAUUCGUGCUUGUACUGCGGUGGCGGUGUCGCUGUCGGCGAGAACUCAAAGCGCUGAGGAUGAUUUUGCGUGAGCGCGCAAUCGUCUUUUUCUGUUUAUGCGGUUUUCUGGUGUUUCUGCUCUGCUACUGGGUUUUUUACUUGUGUUUUUCUCGUUCACGGAUCGCAACGGUUUUCUUUUUUGUAAUUUUUUUUUGAUUUCUUCGGUGAUCUCCUUUGAUGAUCUGGAGAUCAAACUUUUCUCACGACUCUGGUUUUCCUCCUCCUCCUCAUCUCCUCAUCUCAUCGCCCCACAAGAGCAGACCAAAGACAUUGGAAGCAAUCUU